AUCCAAAUCCUGACCAGUCCUUACAGACGGCUGCCGCAGUACAUCUCUCUUUGAUUUCCCUAUCAUCCUGGCGUUCUACAGUCACUAAUCUGCGUUGUCGGUUUGGAGAAUUACCAUCUUCAUCGACGAGUAAUGGCCAAGUUGAAAUCGCCGUCGCCACAAGAAUUGUACCAUGCGAGGAGACAGCGGGAGGAAGAGGAGAGGAUCGCUUUGCUUCCGCCGGGGUUCAUUAACAACGGAAAUACGUGCUUUAUGAAUUCGGUGCUCCAGGGCUUAAUCGCGACGAGGCUGCUCUCAGAUCUUAUAUAUUUCAGGCCCAUCUCUCCUAUUGAUCAGUACCACUCGGAAACUCGUCUUGAAUCUCGGAGGUCACCGCUACUCACCAAUGGUGUCAAGGCCGCUGGGAAGGAUAAGCAGGAAUGGGUGAAUACCAUGCCCAUCGGAGACGUCUUUGUGAACGUCAUGCUAAAGGCCUGGGAUGCGCAGAGGAAUAAACGGAGGGAGAAUCAGAGCCCGAGGGCGCUUCUUGGCGUGCUCGGCCGGAAAUAUGACCAGUACCUUGAUUUUGCUCAGCAAGACGCGCAUGAAUUCAUGCGUAUCCUCCUUGAUGCCAUGCGAAUGGAGGAGCUUGAUGCCAUAAAGAAACGGCAACCGCCACCGCCGCCCGAGAGAGCCAAGAGACGCCGCAGACGAACGUUGACCCCGUCUAACCAUAAGCAUGAUGACGACGACAAGCUGCUGUCCCUUCCUGACAUGAUUUUUGGGGGCAAGCUUACGAGCGUUCUCGUUUGUCAGAAAUGCAAGCACGUAUCACAGACAUACGAGGACUUCAACGAUCUCAGUCUCAGUAUAAAACCGGAAGACUAUGCAAAAGAGCGCAAACGCGAUCGAUUGAGGAACUUAGCGAAACGGCUAACUCCUGUAUUCCCUGCGGCAUCUAACCUCGGUGUGGACAAGGCAUCAGGGCACCGCUCAUCAUCGGCACCACCGAGUCCUAGGGAACCAGAACAUGACGAGCCUCCCAUAGCAGACGAUCCUCGGCGCAGAAGUCUGAAUACCCUGGCGGAACCAUCUGCGGGGCCACAUGUCGAGGAUGAAACGAUAAAAGAUCCGACGGUUUCCGAUGGUGAGAAGCGACUUGAAUUUGCGGAUCUACCGAAGCCGGAAAAGAAGGAUAAGGGUAAAGAUGACGGAUGGGUCAAGCUGAGUCGCCGAAUUAGUGUCAGUGUCGGGUUAAUUAAGACCAAAGAGCGCAAGAGCCGGUCGCGGGAGAGACGCUUAAGUCAGGACUUGUCGCGGCCGGGUACACCAUCGGCGUCAGCUAGCGAGGAUGUGUCCUCUUCUGAAGGAAGACAUAGCACGUCUGAGACUGCUUCCAUUCAUUUCACCAAGCCGGAGCACCCAGACGUGGGAGAAGCACCUCAACCGCGUAUUCGUGCGCUUUCCCCUCUCCAUGUCAUCGCGACGCCGUCAUCCAGGGCUUCAAGUACCACGUCCAUCCCUCGCUUUGCUAACAUCAAUCGAAGCAAAUCCCCCAAACCACCCAAGCCAUCCCGAGCUGAGCAAGCGUAUCUACGAAAGAUUCUAGCAGAUGUCACGUACCAAUCAGCGCCUAAUCCCUUUGCUCUCCUCAAUCAUCUCAAUGGAUCAUCUUCGAACUCCCAUCAUCAUUCCAGUCAUGCCUCGCAGCAUGUGUGGUUGAAAAUGGGUCAGCUACAAGGCAUUGAGGACUGUUUGAAAAUGUUCACUGCGGUAGAAAUCCUGGACGGGGAGAAUAUGGUCGGUUGCAGACGAUGUUGGAAGAUCGCGAAUGGGCUGUACAAACCCAGUUCAAACCGCGAUGAAGGGGAUGCUGAUUCGGAUAGCCUUGACAACCACGAAUCGCCACCGCUGCCUGAACCCAGACCGCGGACGCCAUCCUCAGAGACAUCUACGAACGAUCUGCCAACAUCUCUAUCAAGUCCUAAUAUUCCGCUUUACUCUCACUCAGACUUUAGCGACACCGCAGAGUCUAUCGUAUCAUUGCCGACAAUGAUUGCGUCGGAGUCUGUCGUGGGUCUAAAGCACACUCCGUCCCCAUUAGCCCUUGCUAGCGUCAACGGUAUCCAUACCCCUGGUGGACUGCCAAUUCCGUCAAUAGCGACGACAGAGCCACCAGGACCUGACGAUACUCCCUCGGGCCCUUCAGACUCGGAUGACAGCCUGAAUGAUUCAUCCUUUCCCAAUGGUAACAAUAAUACCCCUUCCAAUGAUAUACCCCAAACAAACCUAUUCGCCUCAAAAGACUCUCUGUUACCUGCGCCCACGUACCGCCAGUAUCAUGGCGGGCGAAGUCUGGACGCUUCUGAUGAUGAUAGUUCUGACGGUGGCGAAAGCGAAGCCACAUCUGCGGAGUCCGGGUCUGCACCGAAAACUGCCAAUAAGAAAAAGCCAAAACCAGUCAUUAUGCGCCCCGCGUAUAAGCGGUACCUCAUCGCGACACCUCCACCUGUCCUCGUCGUCCAUCUGAAACGCUUUCAGCAGAUCUCUAAAACGACGAUGAUUUCCUUUUCCAAUGGCUUCAAAAAAUUGGAUGAUUAUGUGACGUUUCCCGAGGUCCUGGAUUUGACGCCUUUUCUCGCGCCCAAGAAGGAGGAUUUUUUUGGAGGAAGCAAGCCUCACAUAAAAGAGGUGGAGAGAUGCUUAUAUCGCCUGUAUGCGGUGGUGGUGCAUAUUGGUAGUAUGUUGGGGGGUCACUAUGUCGCUUAUACUGCUCUCCCAAACUCGAGUCCUGGGGAAGACAGUCUGAAGACUCCCACUUCUGCUAAUUCACAUCCCCAGAAACCGCAUAGACAAUGGGCUUACAUUAGUGAUACGAUUGUUCGAUUGACGACCUUGGAAGAAGUGCUCAAGGCCAAGGCGUACAUAUGCAUGUACGAGCGGAUAUGACCUAUCGUUUGCAUACUUAACUUAUUAUCUUUUGGACUGUUCAUGUAAGUACUAAGCAACUGUAACACAAUAGAAGAACAUGUAGCGGGAUGAUGAUGAAUGGUUGCAUUGUCUUGUUUUCCGUUGAUGUGGUAGGUAUAUGGCUAACAGUCUUCGAGGUAACAUAGCCAGGUGGUGUCACGCCGUGAAUAACUUCAGGGGAUAUGGCGGACCGGCUCCGAUCGGUCGAUUCGGAGUUGUUGACUCUCCCAGGUAAAUUCCCAUUCAUUUUCGGUGUUCACGCCUAUGCCGAUGUGAGUAAUUGGGAAGUAUGAGCCACUUGAAGGGCGCAAGUUGUGCUUAUGUGUGGAG